AUGGAUUUUGUAAUGUAUGGUAAGCUUUGUGGUCUUAGCUACGGAAAGAAAUAUCUUUUAGCUGUUCUUUCGUUUGACGAUUGUUAUUCGAGAUUUGUCUACGGAAAGACCUUGAAGCUGUUCAGAUGUUGCAGGACAUUUUUCUCAAGGCAGAAAGUAGGGAUAUUGUCAUGUUUGAUCACUGAAGAUGCUAUGCAGGGUCAUCCUGAAGAAUUAGGAUCACUUGUUGAAGUUUUAAAGAGUGGAAUGGUUACAAGCCAUUCAGGACAUCAAUACAAGCUUCAAAGUGAUGCAAAAUGUGAUACAAUGGGAACCUUGUGGCGCAUUCUAGGAGUAAAUAAUGCUGCUCAAAGAGUCUUUGGUGAAGCCACUGGAUUUUCUCUUCUGCUAACCACCCUCCAUAGUUUUCAGGGUGAUGGUCACUCAGAAGAACCUUGUUUAUUAGUUUACAUCAAAGUCUUCACAUAUUUAUUGCGCCUUAUGACAGCAGGGGUGUGUGGUAAUACUAUUAAUAGGACAAAACUGCAUGCUAUCAUAUCAUCACACACAUUUUAUGAUCUUCUAUCCGAGUCUGGCUUGCUGUGUGCGGAUUAUGAGAAGCAAAUGAUAUGUCUAUUGUUGGAACCUGCUCAAAAGUUUUUCUCUAAUGCUUAUUGCUUUGAGUUCAUUACAAGAUUUCCUUGAUUAAGUAAAUGUAUUAUAUCUUUUAUUACCAAGAUUUACUUGAUUAAGAAAAUGCAUUUUAUGUUUUAUUA